GAAUUCGCCGUUUAGCCUCGUUUCUUUACGUUUCUGCACCUAAAGCCUCUAUAGCAGCGCAGCGACAGGGCGACGCGGCGCGACGCAGGCGGUGGCAGGUGGGAGCUGAUGACUUGGUCUUCGAGCCGCUCUAUGAGUCUGUAGCUCAGCACAGCUCCACUUCCGCUGCGCUGAAGCAGGGGCCGCGAAGGCUCCGACAUGAGGGCGGCCCGGUGACCGGGCCGCGCCGUCCCCACGGCCGAGAUCGCACGCUUGGACGGGUCCACGGCCCAGACACACGUUAGCGUGUGAGCGAAACACCCGCAGCCUCCAUUGAGUGAAUAGGAGAAGUUCAGCGUCAAGGGUGUGGCCUUUCAUUCGAAAAUAAAUUGAGUUCACGGGGGAAGUGCAGCGCCACAAAUGCACAGAGAGGAUUCAGAGACGCUCUGUGUUCUGUUCUGAGAGGAAAUUGCUAUAAAGUGGUGUUUGCACAAAGACAGAGUUGUGAUUUCUGCAGGUUCGGGAGACGAGCCGAAGUGUAAGACUCCAGAAAGACAGAGGAAGCGAGCUGCACCCACCAGCAUGCAGAGCUGAAAGCCUGAAAGCCUCCACGGAGCCAGCGCCACCUCAACCCAGUGGGGCCCACGUCCAGGAGUCACAGCCUCACAGAGUCAGAGCCGGUGGGGGCCACGAAGCGAGCAGCUCCCGUCGGGUCUGACUGUGAGAGAGGCCACACAGGAAGAGAUGCGGAGAGUCCGGAGAAGAGGAGGGAACAAGGAGAAGGUGUUCGGAUGCGACCUGCUCGAGCACCUGACCGCCUCCUCCCACGAGAUCCCUCAGGUCUUGCAGAGCUGCAGCUCAUUUGUUGAGCAGCACGGUGUCGUUGAUGGAAUCUACAGGUUGUCGGGCGUCUCGUCCAACAUCCAGAAGCUGAGGGGGGAGUUCGAGAGCGAUGGGGCUCCGGAGCUGAACAAGGACUUGUACCUGCAGGACAUCCACUGCGUCAGCUCUCUGUGCAAAGCCUACUUCAGGGAGCUGCCCAACCCGCUGCUCACCUACCAGCUCUAUGACAAGUUCGCUGAGGCCGUGUCCAUCCAGCUGGAGGAGGAGAGGCUGGUGAAGAUCCGGGAUGUGCUGAAGGAAUUACCCCGACCACAUUACAGGACUCUGGAGUUCCUGAUGCGUCAUCUCGUCAGAAUGGCCUCGCAUUCCUCGGAGACCAACAUGCACGCCAGGAACCUGGCCAUCGUCUGGGCUCCCAAUCUGCUCAGGUCAAAGGACAUCGAGGCGUCUGGGUUCAACGGCACAGCAGCGUUCAUGGAGGUCAGGGUUCAGUCCAUCGUGGUGGAGUUCAUCCUCACACACGUCCCUCAGCUGUUUCCUGAACAAGGGGCGUCCGCUGAGCGGAGGAACUCUCUCCCGUCUCCGUCAGCUCUGUCCAGCUCUGGGGAGCCGGUUUUCAAGUUUGUUCCAUCUCCUUCCAACUUUGGGAACAUCAGUCCAGGAGACGGUCCUUUGGCCAUAAGACCCUACCACGCCAUCAUCGAAGGCACAGACAAGAGGAAAGGAUCUCUGAAGGGCAAGAAGUGGAUGUCCAUCUUCAACAUCGGAGGACGAUUCCCCGACCCUCGGAAGAAACACAAACACUCAGCAAAAGAGAAAGAGCGGCCUCCUCUGAGACCAGCGAGAAGCAUGGACUCGCUCAGCUCCCCGUUGUACCCCAAAGAAGGUUCCCGGCAUCCUGCUCAGCGCCCUCCCUCCACCAGCACGUCGCCCCUCGUCACCAGCUCCCCCAAGUCCGGCUCGGAGGCUGCCGGCUCCGUGGGGGGCAUCGGCGUCAGCGAGUACGCCGUGACGUACCGCAGGGGAACCGGACUGGUCAGCGGGGGGGCCGGGACCCAAGGCACCUACACGGCUCUCGACCCCGAAGGUUUAGGAGUCGCCGGCAGUGAGUCCGUCCAAACCAGGUCCCCGGGACUCUCCAACAAAGCAGGACGGAGAGCGGCCAUGCACAUCACAGGCCCCACCAUGGUCACCGUGCCACUACACAUCACCUCGAACCUGGCGCUAGGAGUGCUGCAAGGCGGAGGCGGCGACAGAGUCAUCCACCGCGGCAGAGAUAAAGAGGGAGGAGAUGCAAGCGAGGGCGGGAGGACAGAGAGGAAGGCGGAGGAGAGGAGGAAACCUCCCCGGAGGAAGGACAGGGGGGGAGUGGUGGCGGUGGACGGGAGCACGCUGGCAGGAGAAGGAGGAGGUGGGGAGGACAAGGAGGAGCCGAGGGAGGAACAGGAGGUGACAGAAGCUUGUAGCCAGAAGCCGGAGCUGGUGGUGAGGAGCACGUCCAGCCAGCGCGAAGCCCAAAGCCCCGAAUCCAGCACGAACGACCCCGAGGACAACGACGAGUACAUGGUGAUGAAGGGAGCGGAAGCUGAGGCUCCGCCCGCCGACGACCGCGCGUCCGACGCCUCCGACGCGCUCAACGCCACCGAAGCUGCAGGCGACGACCACGAGCUGUCCGGCUACGUCCAGGACAACUUCGAGUUCCUGGACCAGAUGGACUGCAGCGCGCUGGACCACAUGGACAGCAGCGCCUCCUAUCAGACGAUCGAGUUCUCUGUGGAGCCUCCGUGUCACUCAGAUGAGGAGUAUGAACUCAUGAGUCAGCAGCUGGCCGAGCAUUCAGGCCCUGAAGCUCUCGCCCACAGCCCCAACGAGCUGAACCCACACAGACCGCUCAGCCUGGACCUGCAGAACCGAUACACUAAGUCCCUCAGCCUGCCUCAUAUGACGUCACCCGUCCAGGGUCCGGAGGGGGGGCUCUGCUCUGAGGACGAGGAUCUAGGGGACAACAGUGAUGAGGAGGAGGAGGACUACAGUAGCGAGGAAGACGAGAGCAUGUUUUAUAAAAGCCUCCCCGCUGAUCUCUUCUUAAACGAUGCUAACUUCAAACUAGGCGUUCAGACACAAGAGAGCUGCAGGACAGACAGAGCUGCCGGGAGCUCGGAGGACACAGAGGCUGAGACGCUGCAGGUGGAGGAAGCAGCCGCUACACAGCAGCGGGUGGAGGAAGCGGGAGGUGAGGACGGACUGGAAGACGAGCACAUAACGAAGGAGGAGGAGGAGGAGCAGGGGGAGGAGGAGGGGGAGGAGGAGAAGAAGAAGGAGGAGGAGGAGGAGGGGAAAGAGGAGAAGAAGAAGGAGGAGGAGGAGGAGAAGGAGAAGACGAAGAAGGAGGAGGAGGAGCAGGAGGAGGAGGAGAAGAAGAAGGAGGAGCAGGAGGAGGAGGAGAAGAAGAAGGAGGAGAAGAAGAAGGAGGAGGAGGAGGAGGAGAAGAAGAAGGAGGAGGAGGACGCGCCUGAUGAAGGAGGAGAUCCACCAGAGCAGCUGGAGCAGAGCAGAACAGCGGAGGAAUUCCUGAGCGUCGUGGAAGAUUCUCCUGCUCCUGAUGCGUCAGCAGCCCUUGAGUUCCCACCACCACCAGAUGACAAGGUCUCAGCAGCGGAGGAUCCUCACAGCGACUGCAGUGCACAUUUCUAUGAAGAGGACGGAGGUUCAUUAGAGCCCAGAGACGUUCAAGAGACAAACAGUGAUGAUGAAGACAGGAAGGACAACAGAGAGGCAGACGCAGUAAGUCAAGUUCUGGAAAUAAAUGAAAAUCAUCAGAACAUUUGUGAAGAACCUUCAGAGGAAGACAACGACGUAAUGACUGACAGAAACCACGAAGAAGAGAAGCUGGAAGGCGACAAACAGCUUGAAGGUGCAACUUGUGGGAGCAGCGGUGAAAUCUGGGACGAGCUGGAGGAUGUGAUCUGUGAAGUGAUAGAGGAUGAGGAGAGUGAGCAGGCGAAGAGGAAGGGUGUGUCUGGGCAGGACGGCGCUGGAGAGGAGGCUUCAGAGGAGAAAGAGGAGGAGAAAGAGCAGGCAAACGAGACAGAGACAGAACGGGGGGCGGAGGCUGAUGAAAAGCUGUCAAACCCAGAGUUCCUGGAAAAUGAGACUCAUUCAUCGGAGACAGGUGAAGUGGAAGAUGCAACUCAAGGGAGCCUGGACUUCAGUGACGAAGUACAGCUUGAGGAAGAAGCGGCUUCAGAGGAGCCAGAGAAGGAGAGCAAUGAUGGAGAGAAGUCUGAGGAGCAGCCGGUACCAGCAGCCAGCGGGUCGGACCCACAGGAGGACAGGAAGUGUGCGGAGGACAUCGCCCCCGGAGGAGUGGGCAGGAAGCUGGUCGUCUCCAAGAGCCCAAAGGUCUGUCUGGUCAAAGCGGUGCCGGUCGUGCCCCCGAAGCCUCAGCACUGCAAAAUCACCGCCCUGAGCCUCCGGCAGCAGCAGCAGCAGCUGAGGGUCCCGGCAGAGCAGGACAAAGCAGGGGACAAAGAGCGGGACAGGAGGAGGGACGGCGACGACGCCAACAGGAACAGCCCCCUCAGCAUGUGCUUCGACGAGGCCGUUGCCAUAGCAACCAUGAGGCGCGGGAAGGAGAAGGUCCGAGAAGGAGAGGCAGAGGGAUUGGGGAAGCGAAGCGCCGUGAGGAGCUUCCUCUACAAACUCUUUUUCUACACGUUGUACAAAAAGCUGUGCCAUCUACUGAUCAGGGAAUCGUUUUCAAACAGCUCACAACAGGGUUACCUGUUUUAGUGUUUACUGAGGGUCCUUAUUGCUUGUUCACUAACUCGAUGUGAGGAGUGUUGCAAUAGCAGUGCGUGGUCAUUGUGGAAGGAUUACAAUUAUACCAUAUUUAGAAUUUAUAAAGUGUAUGUAUACAUACUGCAUAAUUUAAAUGUCUGCAAAUGUCACUCAUCUCAUCCACAGGAUGAAGGAUUUAUUUUUGGAUUAUCAGAAUAAAAUGACGUUUUCAUGAUGA